AUGCCCCAUUCGCCGCACUCCACGCGGACGCGAUCACCACGCGCGCACCGCUCCCCGUACCCGCCCGCUGCCGUGCCCGUGCCCCCUUCCUUUCCUUUCCUUUCCUUCCUUCUUUUCUUUCCCCUCUCUCUCCGUCCGCCCCCGCUUUUACACCACCUCCCCCACCUUCCCCUUCCCCCCUCGCUCUCCUCCUUCGCCACCCCCCACAACCAGAUCGCCGACGCGACGGGAGCAAUGGCGGCGGGGUACCGGGCGGAGGACGACUACGACUACCUCUUCAAGGUCGUCCUCAUCGGCGACUCCGGCGUCGGCAAGUCCAACCUGCUCUCCCGCUUCACCCGCAACGAGUUCAGCCUCGAGUCCAAGUCCACCAUCGGGGUCGAGUUCGCCACCCGCUCCCUCCAGGUCGACGGCAAGGUCGUCAAGGCCCAGAUUUGGGACACCGCUGGCCAGGAACGGCCUGUGGAUAAAUACCGUGCUAUUACUAGCGCAUACUACCGUGGUGCUGUAGGAGCGUUGCUCGUCUACGACGUCACUCGGCACGCAACCUUCGAGAAUGCAGAGCGCUGGCUGAAGGAAUUGAGGGACCAUACAGAUCCGAACAUAGUUGUCAUGCUUGUUGGCAACAAGUCCGAUCUCCGCCAUCUCGUGGCAGUCCCAACCGACGAAGGGAAGUCGUUUGCAGAGAGGGAGUCACUCUAUUUCAUGGAGACCUCUGCGCUCGAGUCGACCAAUGUGGAGGACGCGUUUGCGGAGGUCUUGAAACAGAUUUACCGCAUCGUGAGCAAGAGGGCGGUCGAGGCAGGCGAAGAGUCGGCCGCCGGCCCUGGCAAGGGUGAGAAGAUCAACAUGAAGGACGAUGUCUCGGCGGUGAAGAAGGGUGGGUGCUGCUCUAGCUGA